UAGCGCGAGCGAGUGGGACGUAGAAUAAAAGUGAAAAUUCUCGUAAAAAUAGUGCGAAAUAUUUUUUUUUCAAUUUAAAUAUUUCAAUACAUAGUGUUUGUAAGAAAACUACGAAAAACUCGUUAGUUGCUUAAAUUACAAUUUUGUUAUGAAAAAAAAUUUACGAGAAGUUUACAUAAAUAACUUUCGCUUAUAAAAUUUUAAUUACCACCGGAUUUAAUUGUUGAAAUUACAAAUUCAAGAGAUAUAAAAUGAGUUUUAGCUGCUUGAGAAACGUUGCGAGGUGUGGUAUGGUGAAAGUGUCCCCAUCGUGCGCGCUGGUUUCGAAACUUGGGGGACCUUGUGUCGUAAGGGAGGUGCAGACGAGCGCGCCGCACGCCGCGGUAGCCCAGCACGGCACCAAGCCUGACUGGAACCGCGCCGUCAGCGAGGCGGAGAAGAUCGUCGGAUACCCUACGUCCUUCCUCAGCCUACGAUGGGUGCUCAGCGACGAAAUCGCAAAUGUCGCUCUCCAUCUUAGGAAAUUAGUUGGCAGCAACCAUCCACUAUUGAAAACUGCGAAGAAUUUGAUCUACAAUGGAAAGAACAACAUGCAAGCGUGGGGACUGAUCGUGUUAUUGGUGUCGAAGGCUGCCGGCCACAGCCCAGAGAUACCCGACAUGGAGCAGGACAAGGCCGCCGGCGUGCUGCACAGCCAACGCGCUCUAGCGGAGGUGACAGAGAUGAUCCGCACUUCGCAUCUAGUGCACAAGGGGCUGGUGAAUAUGAACGCUCCACAAGUCGGUCCCGGAGACCCUGACGACAUGAUGUUCGGCAACAAGAUCGCGCUGCUCGGUGGCGACUACCUCCUCGCAAACUCCUGCUCUGAACUCGCCAAUCUUAGGAACCAAGAAUUGGUGGAGCUGAUGUCUUCUGCGGUGCGAGACCUGGCCGAAGCGGAGUUCCUGGGGGAGCGAGAUGAGCAGAAUAACCCGCUACCUUCACGGCCUCUUCCGAAAGAUCAUAUGGAAGCACCUUUAGAGUGGGAGUGCGUGCUGCAGCCGCUGCCGAUGGGCGGCGUGGCGGGCAGCGCGCGGCGCGAGUGGGCGGCGCGGCACGUGCUGGCGGCCGGCGCGCUGCUCGGCAAGAGCUGCUCCGCAACGCUAAAGCUCGCCGGACACGCACCCGCGCUGCAGACACAAGGUUACCUCUUCGGCUGCCACCUGGCGCUGGCGUGGCAAGCAUUCCUGGACUUGGAGGCGUUCUCAGGGCCGGAGCCGCGCAGCUUCUCUUUAGUGGGCGCGCCGCUCGCCUUCACGCUGCAAGCACGACCCGAGCUGUACGAGCUGAUUGAGCAGGGACGCCGCAGCGUACACGAUGUUGAUUAUCACAAGUUGUACGAGGCGGUGCUGGCGGGCGACGGCAUCGAGCAGACGAAGCAGCUGCAGCGCGAACACAUCCGCGCCGCCAGCCACGUCCUCGACAGCUUCCCCAACUGCGACGCGCGCACCGCGCUCGCCAACAUCAUCGUCGCCAUGCACCCCUGAACCUUCUACGAUCACUUUGCCCACGCAGCAGUUACACCCAAAGUAUUCAAUCGCUACGGGACUCUGCUGCCUCGGGCUGGUCGUAACAAUUGUGACUUGGUUUAAUCAUGUUUAUCCCUUUUAGUUGUAAAAUUUCAUAUGUGUAAAAACGAAGACAAUAAAAAAACACCUUCUACGAUCACAUAGAUUGUAAUUAAAAUUGGUGUAAAAUCUCUUAUGAAUAUGGUGCUGAGGGACCUUAAAUACUCGUAGUUGGAUUUAUAAGAUAUUGACGGCCGAAUAUUGAUACGUGAUUUAAAUAUGAAACAGCGUCUUAAAUGCUACGCUUGAACUCCAAAUUCCUUACAAAUUUUAUUCAGAUAUAAGAUUGUAAGCGAUGCUUACGAAGCCAAGUAUUUAAGAUUCGUUUCAGUAUUUGGCCGUUAGACUCUUUUUAAAAUUGUAAUUUUUUUUUAGGUUUCUUUCGAUAUAUUAAAUAAAAUUAUGUACAGGGUUAGUGAAGAGUCACUUGAGCUUCAUUUGAAGAAUAUACUAUUUUCGAAUGCACUUUUACAAAAAAAAACAAAAAACAGUAAAAAUAUGGUAUUUCCCUUAUAAUGUAUGUCACAAUAAGAAACCAAAGUAUUUGCAUUGUUCUAUGCGUAAAAACACGGGAAUAUGUGAAUGGUUUUGAAUAUUAAGUUAAUGUAAUGUCUCUUAUUCAAUGUACAUGAAAAAAGAGUUACCAAAAAGGUGCUAAGUAAUAACUUUAAAUUUAAAGCUCUCAUAUAAAUAUAAUCUAUGUUUUAAUCGUAUAAUUGUAUUAUAUUCCGUAAUUUUAUUAACAUUCAUAUGGCUUGGUUGAGUUUUUUAAAUAUUGUUAAAAUGACGAAUUUAUUAUUAUUUUUAAAUAUUUUUGUUACCAAAAUAGUUUGUAAUCCAUUAUUUGAUGUAAGAAAAAAGUACAUUAUUUUUUGGUUGCCUUAAAUUAUAAGUUCUUUUUACGAUAUUCAGUUAUAUACAAAAUUCCUUCGAGAGUGGGUACAACUUACCUUCUUAAUGCCUGAAAUACAUCACUCUGGUGUCAAUUUACAUUUUGCCAGUUGUAUUCCAGCACUCUUUACGAUCACUGGACUGGUAUAAUGUAAUUUGGGCAUCAACUGUGGAUUUUCUUGGAGUUCAAUUUAUUGAUACUCUGAUAAAGGCGAUUUGUAUUGAUUUGAUCCGUCCAAUAUUUUAAUGAAGACUUACUAGAUUUUAUAUUGAAAUUUUUUACUUUUUAUUUAAAUAAAUUUUUUGUUAC